CUAGGGACCCCCCUUUCCCUACCCAGGGACCCCUCCCAUCUAAGGACCCCCCUCUUUUCCUACCAGGGGACCCCUUCCCCAUCCAGUGAACCCCCCCCAAACCCUGGGGGUCUGGGGUAGAAGGCUUCCGGAGCUGAGUGGGCCCGGCAGGUCGAGGCAGAGGUGACCGGAGAGUCAUCGGCAGCGGCGGUGGUGGAGCAUGAGCAGAGAGGCCCGCCUCUGCCCGAGGAGGCCGGUCUGAGGGGCAGCAGAAAUCGGCCAGGGGCCUCCCGGGCGCCCCCUCCCACCGCGCCCCCGCCAGGCCCCGUCGGCGGCGAUGAGGAAUUCCGACGAGCAAGCGGCCACCACGGUGUUACAGCGUCUACUGCAAGAGCAGCUGCGCUACGGCAACUCCAAUGAGAACCGCGGCCUGUUGGCCCUGCACCAGCAAGCCACGGGGAAUGUGGCCCCCUUCCCCGGUGGGGGCGGCGGCGGCGGCGGGCCGGGCGCCCAGGGGGAGGGCCUGAGCCCCCAGGAGCACCCGGCCCAGCCGGGCGGGGCCCACGCGGCCCGGCAGGAGCCCCAGGGCCAGGAGAUCCAGGUGGACAGCAGCGUCAUGGAGAAGCAGCUGCUGCCGAGGCUGGCGGCCGGCGAGGACCUCCCGACCUACGAGGAGGCCAAGGUCCAGUCGCAGUACUUCCGGGGCCAGCAGCACGCCAGCGUCGGGGCCGCCUUCUACGUCACGGGCGUGACCAACCAGAAGAUGCGCACCGAGGGCCGGCCGGCCGUCCAGCGGGUCAACCCGGGCAAGGUCCACCAGGACGAGGGGCUCCGGGACCUCAAGCGGGGCCACGUCCGGUCCCUCAGCGAGCGGCUGAUGCAGCUGUCGCUGGCCACCAGCGGCGUCAAGGCCCACGCGCCCGUCACCAGCGCCCCGCUCUCGCCGCCGCAGCCCGGCGACCUCUACCAGGCCCCCGGCGGCUCGGGCGACUUCUACAAGCCCCCGGGGCCAGCCGGCCUGAAGGGCGUGGAGCCCAGGGGGCCGCCGCCGGAGUACCCGUACAAGAGCGCGCCCGCCCAGGGCAAGGAGGUGGCCCACUUCUACGGCGACCAUCGCCUGAGCCAGCCCGGGAGAGCCGAGGGGCCGGUCAUGAGGUACCAGCACCCGCCCGAGUAUGGGGCCAUGAGGCCGGGCCAGGACGCGGUUCUGCCGAGGCCCCCCCACCAUCACAGCCCCACCUCCUCGCUCACGUCCCUGGGCUCCUUGACCCUGCUGCAGUCCCCGCCGCCGUCCAGGCUCUCCCCCUGCCAGCCGCCGCCCCUGACCCCCAGCCCGGGCGACCUGGGCCCGCUCCUGCCCAGGGCCCCGCAGCCCCUCCACCCGGGGGACCCCUACCGCCUGGGCCAGCCGCCCCCGCCCCCCGCGGAGCCGUACCCGGCCGGGCCCCGGGGCCAGCCGCCGGGCCCCUACCAGCCGCUCCCGGUGGACCCGUUCGCCAUCGUGGCCCGGGCCCAGCAGAUGGUGGAGAUCCUGUCCGAGGAGAACCGGGCCGUCCGGCAGGAGCUGGACGGCUGCUACGAGAAGGUGGCCAGGCUGCAGAAGCUGGAGACGGAGAUCCAGCGGGUGUCGGAGGCCUACGAGCACCUGGUGAAGUCGUCGUCCAAACGGGAGGCCCUGGAGAAGGCCAUGAGGAACAAGCUAGAGGGGGAGAUCCGGAGGCUGUACGAUUUCAACCGGGACCUCAGAGAGCGCAUGGAGACAGCCAACAAACAGCUGGCGGAGAAGGACUCGGAGGGCUGUCAGGACAACCGCAAGACCAUCUCUCAGCUCUUCGCCCAGAACAAAGAGACCCAGCGGGAGAAGGAGAAGCUGGAGAUUGAGCUGGCGGCCAUCCGCUCCACCACCGAGGACCAACGGCGGCACAUCGAGAUCCGAGACCAGGCCCUCAACAACGCCCAGGCCAAGGUGGUGAAGCUGGAGGAAGAGCUGAAGAAGAAGCAGGUGUACGUGGAGAAAGUGGAGAAGAUGCAGCAGGCACUGGUGCAGCUACAGGCCGCCUGCGAGAAACGGGAACAGCUGGAGCACCGGCUGCGGACGCGCCUCGAGAGGGAGCUGGAGUCUCUGCGCAUGCAGCAGCGACAGGGGGCCUCCCAGCCGGCCAGCGUCUCCGAAUCCAACGCCACGGCCCUCAUGGAGCUGCUGCGGGAGAAGGAGGAGAGGAUCCUGGCCCUGGAGGCCGACAUGACCAAGUGGGAGCAGAAGUACCUGGAGGAGAGUGUGAUGCGGCAGUUCGCUCUGGACGCCGCGGCCACCGUGGCCGCUCAGAGGGACACGACGGCCAUCAGCCACUCCCCGAGCGCCAGCUACUCCACGUCCCUGGAGGCGCGGAUCCAGAAGGAGGAGGAGGAGAUCCUGCUGGCCAACCGGAGGUGCCUGGACAUGGAGGGCAGGAUCAAGACCCUCCACGCCCAGAUCAUCGAGAAAGAUGCCAUGAUCAAGGUCCUCCAGCAGCGCUCCAGGAAGGAGACCAGCAAGACGGAUCAGCUGGCAUCCAUGAGGCCGGCCAAGUCCCUCAUGUCCAUCUCCAACGCCGGGUCGGGCCCUCUGGCCCACGCCUCCCCGCUCAGCAGCACCCCCAUCCUGGAGGAGAAGCGGGAGGACAAGAGCUGGAAGGGCAGUUUGGGCGUCCUGCUGGGCACCGAAUACCGCUCGGAGUCCAUUCCAUCCACGCCCUCGCCCGUCCUCCCCUCCACUCCGCUCCUGUCCGCCCACUCCAAGACGGGCAGCCGGGACUGCGGCACCCAGACCGAGCGGGGCGCCGAACAGAACAAGGCCACCGCCGUCACCCCUGCCGUCACCCCCACCGUCGCCCCCGCCGUGCCCACCCCCGCCCCGGCUCCCUCUGGGCCCGGCCGCUUACCCACCCCGAGCUUGGCCUUCAGCCCCGACAAGGCAGAUGGCCCCGUUUUCCAUUCCAACACUCUCGAAAGAAAGCCACCCACUCAGACCCUAGGACAGGACCUGACCGAUGCGGAAAUGGUGGAGUAUCUCAUUUGAAAGGCUGAACCCAGGACCUUUUUUUACCUUUUUUUUUUAAGGGACAUUUUAUUGGAGCAAUGUAGUACUCGAGUAAUAAAGGAUCUCCACCCCGAGCUGACCA